AUGGCCGACGUACGCUACGGAGGCACCCAGAGCCAUUCGCGGCGCCUCUGCACACUGAAGAUCUUUGGCACAUCGGAAGUACUGCAAAUCCCCAUCGAGGUCACAACCAAAGUCUUGGCAGUUCGCCAGCUUGUGUCUUCGAGAUUUGGUCUGGAGCCGGAGAGCCUCACCUUCGUUGUGAAGGCUGCCUCCAGCACCAGGGUGCUGCGAGACCCGGACGAGAUCCCCUCACAGGUGAUCGUUCGAGGGCCUCUCAAUUCCUGGCAGAAGCAGAAGACGGUUUACCCGCACCCGCACUGCAUCAUCGGCACAGGGCACGGGGGCCUGAAGCAGGGUCUUGCUUUCCUCAAGGACGGAAUUCAAGAUUUUGUCAUUUACGACAAGCUUGGGCGCAUCGGAGGUGCUGCCUGGGUUAUCAAUGCAAACCCUACCUCGAAGCUUCAGACGGAACUGGGAGUGUACCAUCUGCAGUAUGACCCGGACUGUCUGGUGCCAAAGGACAUGAAGACCUGGCCGACUCGCGAUGAUUUGCUGGACCACUUCGAGCGUGUCUGCAGGGAUUUCGGUCUGCUCGGCCACAUUCACCUGAACACGGAAGUCACCCGUAUCGACCGCAUCAACCUGAAGAUGCUGGAGCCGGAGGCAUCGCCACGCAAGUAUGUCUACAAAGUUUCACUCAAGAGGCCCGUCUUGAAAAAAGCAGACCCAGUAUCUCGCGGAGAGGAAGGCGAGGCUUCAGCAAAGGCCCCGGCCGUCGGGGAUCCGUUGGGCCUGGGCUUUGAUGAGCCGGAGUUGGAGGAGCCCCCCGAUCCCGAGGAAAUUCAGCCGCCUGAAGAUGAAGAUAUCCAGAUCCUGGAUUUCUCCACCAUAGAGUGUUAUCCUGGAGGUCUCACCGACAACCUACGCAUGGAGUUCAGAGGUGAGGACAUCUUUGAGGGGAACAUAGGGUAUGGUAUGUUUGACGAGUUUGACUACACGUCGGUCACAAACUCGGCGGUCGCGAUUUUUGGAAUGGGUGCCUUUGGCGUAGAGAAUGUCAGAACCUGUCUGGAGCAUGGUGCCUCGAAAGUCACGAUUAUCUGCAGAAGGAGAAACAUCGCAAUUCCGAGGGUUGUAGACUGGUUCAUAAACCAAAGCCUUUACCCACCUCCGGCUGCGAUGGUGCUGGACGCCAUGAAGCCGAUGUAUAAUUUUCUGGACCUGAAUGUUUGGGAUUUUUAUGCCGUGCAGGCGAAUUCUGACCGAACGACCGCAACGAUCCGACAAAAGUCUCGGUUUGGAAUUGGCGACUUCUAUUUUCUCGCGACGUGCUACGGAAAAGCUGAGACGGUCGUCGGCGAAAUCAAGCGCCUUCGUGCGAACGAUAUUCUUAUGGAGACAUCGGAAAGUGUUGCAGCUGAGCAUUUCAUCAAAGUCCUGGGCUUCAAAGCGGACCCGAAGAUAGACAAACUCUUCGGUACGAGGGAAAUGGUGGGUUUCUUCCCGAACGGGGAUUGGAGAACAUGGGUCUGCUGCGAGUUUCCUGGCAUCGAUGCCGGACGCUUUGGGGGCACAUCGCUGUCGCCCGCCGCAAUAACUAACGCUGAGAUGAUGAAGUGGUGCAUCAACUAUCCACGCGAGAUGCUAGCGUUGCUGGAUGCUAACGUCCUGCCCCGUCAGAAAGCAGACAGCAAAACAGGACGGCCAGCCUACCAGUAUGAGCCGCGAGCAGGAGCCCAAAUCUCGAUGGUCACCAUCGGGAGCCUCCCUGGCCUGGCGGAACUGCCCGAGAAUGGGGCUCUGCUGAAAAGGCAGAAGAUGCUGACAGCACAUCCCAUGGAAGUGUACAUCGACGAGUGUGCCAACGAGUGGUACGAUUAUUGCCAGAUGUUUCAGGAGCGUGGUGAUGAUCGGCCCUUUCCUACUUACCCAUACACCCACGAAUAUGUGCGAGAGCUCUGCAACCGGAAUGACCGCGAGGGCAAGGAGGAGAGCGAUGCGAUGGCAGCGCGAGCUGCGGCGAGUGCUCUGAUCUUCCAACUGACGGCUAUCGUGGUCUCACAGACAUCUCCUUGGGCGAUCAGCCCGGAUACUUGCAGAGCUCUGCCUUGUGACGCCUGCGGUGCCGGGACAGUGCUGCCACAGGGGCACUCGGGAACCGCCUCGGAGGCCCAGCCUACUUGGCGCUGUGCCUCCUGCAGUCGGGACACCCUGAGCGGAGACCUGCAUCGCAGCACAGCCGAAGCACAGUUGACGCAUCGCAUUCUUCUGGAGCUAAAGCCGCCGCGUGGUGUGCCGAAGGCCAGUCCUGAGGAGUUGGUGGCGUUGGCUGCAGAUGUGAGGAGCAGACUUGGUGAUCAACAUUGGAUAUCUGCGGCGGCAGCGCUGGUUCUCCACUUUCGCUGCCGGCCUGAGGGCGGGCUGCUGAACCCCCUCUCCGUAGCUUGCGGCUGUCGUUUCCUGGGCUGGCUCCUCGACAGGAAAUUGCCGCUCCCACCGGCACCGAUUGUUCGCACACCGAUUGCCGUGGCCAUAGACUGCAUCGCAUGGCUCGGCCAGGUGCCUGGGGUCGCCUCCGGGGCUUCGCAAGCUUUCCGCUGGCGCGACCAAACGAUCACAGACCACCGCAGUAUCGCUUCACGCCUGUUGCAGGAUUGGCUUCUGCCAAUCUUCAUGGCGACAGGUGGCACCAUCGCCAAGGUCGCCAACACUGGAGCGCGCGUGGCCUCCUUGAAGGAAAAAAUACUGAAGCAUCUCAUGCAACAGAAUUCCUCCGAAGAAUGCAAGCUGCGAGAGGAGAAGCACAUGCGGGCACUGCAGCAAGAAGCUGGAUGCCAGGGGUUCGCUAUUGCAGCCGAUCUUGUCAGCAGGCCAAUUGGAAGGACCGCCGGGAUUUUAUUUCGCUUGUGGCUGACGUAUCAAGGCACCAAUGUCUGGUUUCGUGAGAUCGGGUUGGCUGCGAGUGGGCGUGCGGCCAUGGCGGUCAGCGAUGGCAUAGCCCUGCAGAGCAUGGCCGGGCCGACGACGUCCCAGGAUCCGCUGACUGCUUUGCUCGGCACCUACGGAAAGAUCGCAGAUGCAGAUGGCAAGAGCUUAUGCGACACAUGUGCAAAGUCGCGACCAUUCGUGCGCUACCGCUUGCCAAGGCUGGAUUUGGGCCGGCAGCUGGAAAGCCGAGUGCUGCGGUUCUCAGCGACGACGCAGCUUUGCCGGGCCCAGGCCUCCACGGAAGCCUGGAGCGAGGAGGAGAGGAGCGCCUAUGUGGGAAAGCUCCUGCGGAUGCAGCCGGGACAGCCUGGUGCGGAAAAGGCAGUGGCGCAAUUCCUGAAGGACUUGCUCGGCGACGUCUCCCUUCCCGAGCCUUGGGUUAUGCUGCGCAGCUCUCGCGGCCGCGUCUUCUUUUGCAACAUGGCCACGAGGCGAACCACGUGGGACCAUCCCCUUGAAGGCUCUCUGCUCGAGGCGGCUACGAUCUGCAAACAAGUUCUGCAGCUUGACGAACCUUGGCGGGCGAACCUCACGGCACAUCUCCUGGAAGUAGUAGCAGAGGAUGAGGAAGACUUCCUGGGGAAAUGGGAUUCAGUUCCUGCUGGUGAUGGUCUCGAGCAAUUCAGACACACUGAAACUGGCUUAUUUUCCUGGACACCUCCCCGGGAGAUAGCUGCAGGGCUUUUCCAGUGCAAGCGUGCAGCACUUGCCAAACUUUGCGACGACAGGUACGUCAGGCAAUUGCAGCUCCAGGACCCCCCGCCUGCAGUGCAGCUGGAAGCUCGAAAAAAGAACAUCUCUGCAGCCAUCCGGAUGCUCAUGGAGGCAGUCGAUGACACAUCGCAGGGGAGUCGCACGCCCUCGCGACCUGCCUCAGAGAUUUUGCCGCGCCAUGUGCUGUCGGGCACCACCAGUGCUUUGCUUGCCCAGUCGGACAAGCCGAAAUCAGCGCAUAGCCCUGCGCCGAACGAAGUUGAAGUCCGCAGCAUGGCUGCGGCAUCGGAGGAGACACCACUCCUUGCACGAAAGCCAGAUGGGGAGGAAAAUUUCGACUCCAUGAAUUAUGACGCCCGCAAGUUGGUCACUUUCGAAGUCUUCUGGAACUUUAGUGGUACGGUGUGGAUGAAAUCGUCUUUAUGGAAGAUGAUGGGCAUUCUUCUCAUGAUCGCCCUGUGCAUAGCCUCGUCUGUUGCCCUGAUGGUAAGUGACCCGGCCGAGCUCGAUGUUGGACGCUUCCAACGCAUCAGUACAUUCUUGGAGGUUGUGGUGGGGUUGCUGCUGGGUUUCUUUCUUUCGAGCUCAGUGCAGCGCUGGUACAAUUGCACCAAUGGCUUCCUGGAGCUCUUUGAUGCCAUCCGGUCGCUUCACAUGCAGCUCAAUGCGCUUGGAGUCCCGAAGGAGCGACUCCGUCUGUGCUUGCGCUACUGUGUGGUGUCGGCCCAUUGCUUGGAUAACGACCUUAUUGCCUCAGCGAUGGCGCCAAGCGAGCGCGUGGAAUUUCUCCGGGGCCAAUGGGACAAUCUUGCUGCAGAUGCCGAGGACGGCGACGUCUUCACAGACCGCUCGAAGAGCUUUGCGACGCUGCUUCCGAGUGAGAGGGAAAUCCUGAAGAAGAUCGAGGACCCAGCCCAAACACUUUGGGUAUGGGUGACCUCACUGCUCACGCGGAUGGCCGCGGAUGGGGAGACCCCUCCGAUUCCAAGCCCCACCUACGGCCGCAUCAUCACAAUUGCGGAGCAAGCGUAUAGCGGCAUUCGCACAGUUCGAGCCUCCAUUCGGGUGCAGCCUCCCUACGUGCAUGUUCAAAUGAUGGCAGCCCUUGUGUUAGUCAACAACCUCAUCAAUGCCGUGAGCUUUGGCAUGACGGCGGGUGUGACCGUCAGCAUGUGUCUCGCUCGCUACCACAUCAGCCCCAACGCGAGCAAAACACCAGGCUCAGACGAUGUGUCCCACAGUCUGCAAGACUUGGCCGUUGGAUUGAUUCUUGCGACGGUUGGCCCAUUCCUGUACCAGGCCCUCCUGGAGGUCGCCGUCUGUAUAGCGCAGCCGUUCACUGCAGCGGGUCAUGAUUCCAAGUCCCCUGGACGAAUCCCCACGGAGAAGCUCCUGCGCAACUUGGAGAAGGACUUGCGCGACAUUGAGCACAUGAGCCUGAACCUCCCUUGGUGGAAGCAGACGUACUUCAAGCCGGCAUGCCCGGCUGGCAAAGCGCUGUCGGCGACAAGCGGCGAGACUCCUUUAGAUUCCAGGGCAGACACGCCGUCGGCUCACAGCCGAACUUGGGAAGCCCCGUUGCUAGAAGGUGACGGCAACCUGGAGGCUGAAGAGCCAAACCACGUAGAUCCCAAGCCGACAGAGGAACAGCAAGAGCAGCAACUGCCGCAAGACCAUCAGGAGGCAGCGCAACAGGACCUUCGUGAUGAUCAAUCUGCGAAGUUUGUGAUUCAUGACGACGAUGACACUUGUGAGCCGCACGCCAGGGGCGUCGUUGAAGCUGAAGUCUUGCCAAACCCAGCAGAGGCCGUGGCACAAGCCUCGACCAAGAUCGACGAGUCAAAGCAGCAGGCGGUCACUCCCCAAGUCCCUAGGGAGCUGCAGGAGUUCGAGACUGCGGUCCUCGCAUUCGCACAGGCCCUUGAUGCGGACGUGCAGGUUGGUGACGACGACAAGCCUCAUCGGGCGAGCCAAACGCACUGCCGGCAAGCCCACGACGAGCAGGAUUGGUCUGCGCCUUCACGACCUGCACCACCCACCACGACGGAGGAGAACCUGGGUGGGGACUUGCCGGACGGGCAUGGGCAUGAGGAGCAGUGCGCUGCAGAGCUGCCUGGCAGAGGUACUUGGACCUCAGAGGACUCCGUAACGAGGGCUGAGCCCAGCUGCGAGGCAGGCAGUCCGUCGGCUGAGCCCCGAGCCGGGGAGGAAGAGCUGGCCCUGGCGGCACUCGCACUUCUGCAACUCAUGAGCCCUCGGAUCAAAGAGGAGACCCUCACCGAAGGAGGGCUCGGUGAAGCAGCUCAAGUUACACAGACCACAUCUUCAACUGAUGCCGAUGGUUCUUUGACAGCACCUGCCCAGGACCAGGCCAGCUUGGAGCUGGCAGAGAGCAAGGAGGCAGUCUUCAGCCGCCAGGACGAGGCGAUUGUCGCUUGGCAGGAUUUCAUCGCAUCGCAUCUCUCCCGACUGGAAUCCACGCCGGGAAUGCUGGCGAAAGGGAAGCUGUCAAAGUUUCUCCAGCUGCUGGGCAUGAAUGCGGCUGAUAUCGACGAGGCAUUGGAUGCAGCUCAGGUAGCGGAUGCCGAGGGUUUCAUUGACUACCGGGCCUUCCUGAAGUGGAACCGAGUGUCCAACGCAUGGCAUGCAUGGCAAAGCAUCGCUGCGCACCCAUGCAUCUGCCCAGAGGCAGACCACCCAGAACCCCAGCUGCAAGCCGUCCCAUGCAGCGGUGCCUGGGGCAUCCUGGGGCAUCAUGACCUCCGCUUGGAGGUGAGCCACCUGAAAGAAAUGGGCCUGGCUGGCGAGCUGAUUUGGCCUGGUGCUUUGAGCAGCCUGGACACGGUCAUCGCAGCUCUUCCUUGGGACGCAGCAGGUCGCGCUGCAGCCAGAUGUUGUGCUGCUCGGAGCCGUCUCAGGGGCAUUCAGCCACGGGCGACGCUGGCAAGAAGCAGUUCAACUCGCAGCUGGCUUGCGUUGUUUCGCUGUGCAAGCAAAUCAGGUCCUCCAUGGUGCAAUAGUGGCGGCCUGUCGCGAGCAGUGGCCGCGUGCCUUCUGCGUCCUUCAAGAGAUGUCGGAGGUGAAUGUAGGAGCGAGCACGGUUGCGGCCGGACCCGCCGUCCAUGCAUCGCCAUGGGUACGUGGUCUGGAUCUGUUCGGCGAUUUGCGGGGCCGAUAAAUGCGGUUUGCUGGAACUCGAUCAUCGCCUCUUCGGGAGCUUCCUGGCCGAAGGCGCUGAACCUGGUGGAUGUCUCCAAGCAAGACGCUGCGGAGACCAAUCUGGUAGCGCUGACCGCAGCAUUCAUCGUCACUUCAGCAUGGAGAGCGUCGACGGGUUUGGCGGAGCAGUGGGAUGCGCCUGCUUAUGGCGCGGCUUUUACGAAGCUCGGUGCCUUCGGAGAGCCAGUCCCUCAGUCAGACGCGACCGAAGUGACUGAAGAAGCCUAUGCCGAAAGCGCGAAGGUGGGCAAGGCCGCUGGCACUCCUUCAGCAGGCCAGCGAAGGCCGCGUGCACCUCGAGCAGCCACAGAGUGCUGCGGCCGUUGGUGCGUGCUCACGGAGUUCUGCCUGGAGGAGGAGCUUGAACAUCUUGCUGCGGAGGAGUCGCAGCUAUGCCAGGGACUGGGCCGCCUUACCUCUGCCAUGUUCAUGCGAAGGAGUGCCAGCCUCUUGCGCCUGCCCGCCGUGCGGGCGAAGUCCGCGCUCGUCACUGCUAUGCCUUCCGACCCAGCCUAUGUCGCGAACAAGCUCGCGCAGUUCGAUGCCAUGCAGUUCACGCCCAUCCGCGAGAGCACGGUUAGCCGAGAGAUGACCCGGCGCUACAUGAGUGAGAUGAUCGACUAUGCGGAGACCGACGUGUGCAUUGUUGGUGCUGGUUCUGCUGGGCUGUCGUGUGCCUACGAACUCUCCAAACAUCCGGACAUCAAGGUUGCAAUUGUCGAGCAGAAUGUGGCGCCAGGGGGUGGUUGUUGGCUGGGUGGGCAACUCAUGAGCUCCAUGGUCGUGCGCAAGCCUGCCGAUGAAUUCCUGGAUGAGCUGGAGGUUCCGUAUGACGACAAGGGUGACUACGUUGUUGUCAAGCAUGCGGCUCUCUUCAUGUCCUCCGUCUUGCGCAAGGCCCUUCUGGCCCCGAAUGUGAAGCUUUUCAACGCAGUGGCGGUGGAGGACCUCCUGGUGAAGCAAGAGGCAGAUGGCGUGGCCGUGCGUGGCGUUGUGACCAACUGGUCCCUCGUGACACAGAACCACGACACGCAGUCCUGCAUGGACCCACAAGUCAUGGAGGCCAAGGUGGUCGUCACUGCCACUGGCCAUGAUGGUCCCAUGGGCGCCAGUUCGGCCAAGCGCCUGGAAUCCUUGGGAGCCUUGCCUUCAGGGCUUCCAGGAAUGGGAGCCCUGGACAUGAACACGGCAGAGGAUGCAGUGGUGCAGAUGACGAGCGAGGUCGUCCCAGGUCUGAUCUUUGCAGGCAUGGAAGUCGCUGAGGCACGUGGCUGCAAUAGGAUGGGCCCCACCUUUGGCGCCAUGCUUCUCUCGGGCCAAAAGGCCGCCAAUCUCGCCAUCCAAGCUCUGAAGCGCUGA